AUGGCGACGACUACAGCUACAGCCGCUGCUACUGCGACCACUACGACCACUACGAUGACCACUAUGACCACUACGACGACCAUGAUGCUAGCGACCAACAAGCGCCAGCAAAAGCAGCGCCGGCGGGAUGCCCAGACCCGGCCAGCCCGCUCCAACAGCCUCCAGCGCAUGCUCGAGCUGGAGAAGCAGUGUGUACUAGAACGACGGCACGCUGUCCGUGCAUCGCCCACCACCCCCAAGAUGCAGCCCCCCUCAAGCACGUCGAUGCUGCCUGCUCCUCGCCCAACAACAACCCACUCCCGCCAAUACUCGGCGGAGCAGCGCAAGCACUUCCUUGAAGAAUCCGUGUCUGGGCAGCUGAAAAUGCAGCAAUCGAGGCCAGCGCCUCUCAAAAUUAGUACCCAUGUCAAUGGCGCUACACCUCGCACUAACACCACUAGUACCACCGCCAGUACCGAUUUUAAAUCAGAUCUACCGGCUCCAUAUAGUCCCUCCACCGUUCACUCUAAGACUAAGGCCAGGCCCAAGGGGCAAGCGCAAGUCCAAGUGCAGACCAGCAGUUUGAGUUCUUCUACUGGAAUGCUCCCCCAGCCAAAUAAACUUGCUACUGGCCCUAAGACGGUCACCUUCCACGAGCAGCCUCUGACCUCAAACCCCAGCACUGUCAUUGCUGCUGCUGCCGCUCUUGCAGAGGACCGGAAUUCUAUCUGCCAAUCGCCUAGCUGGGAGGCGUACGCCAGACGCAAGAAGGAAAAGAAGCAGGGCAAGGAGCAGGUCGACAAGGAGACCAAGGCUAAUUCGAAGACGAAGCCACGCCCUAGCAAGUUGUCGCAUUCCCAUUCAGCAUCGGAGCCAACCUUGCCCCUCCAGCAACCUGCCCAGACCAGGACUGUGAAGUUUGAAGAGCGUCCGGAGGAUACUAACAAGGCCCGUCGUGCCAGCACAAUCGGCAUCCCCGCCAAGCAAACUCUCCCUUCGCCAGCAGCACUUGACACAAAACCGCCUCAAACUCGACGGAUCCGGUCCAACUCUCUCUCUUCCAUUUUCAGAUCACCGUUCGAGUCCCACCGACCGUCACUUGAUAGCAAUAGCGGCGGCUUCAUUGGAGGCAUCAAGCUCGAGCACCAGCGCCUUGUUGCGUACCAGCGAGCUCUGAACGAGGAAGCGAUUGGUGCCAGCGGCGACAUCCAUCCAGCGUUCAGAAAACACACCAAGCGCUCAUCCAGCCCUCUUAGGUUCCUUGUGCCCAAGACUGGGCCUAAGGAAGCACAAGAUCGGGCCUAUCCGCCGAUCUCAAUACGCACAUCCGCCACGGCCCAGGGUCUCCUGCCCCAGAACUCAGAAGCGAUGCCUGAAGGUCGAAUGAGCCGUUGGAGGGCUCAUUUCGGUCUACGGUCUGAGUCCAAGCCACAAAGGCUAAACAAAUCCUCAUCCACAGAGCGUGAGCAAAAUCUGGGCACCAUCUUCUCUCAUCGGAAUGCGUCCUCGCCAGCCCUCCCUCCACCACCCUCGGACCAGAUGAGGACGAUCCGCACAUCCUCCUCUACCGCCAACCCCGACCUUGCUUGCUACAUCGCAGAGUCGCCCUACAAGUCGACACAAGAACUCUCCCUACCUGACUGCUUCCUCCAAGGAUCACGAAAUGCGACACUACACAACCCAAAACGGAUCAACGACCGCCGGAAGACCAUGACAACCGCCGCACCUGCACCUAACUCCUCCGCGAACUCCUAUUCAGAUGAUUUACGCUCCUCUUUGGUAGCAGGCACUCCUGACACCUCCCGGCCAGGGUCAGGGAGAGUUGAUGGCUUCGAUCACGUCGCCGAGGCGCGGGCAGCGCUUGAGCGCCCUCACUCCCCGGCCUUUUCAACGAGUGGAGCAAGUGCUGUUGACCUGAACCCUGUUCAAUCCGCUGCUAUGAAGGUCUUGGCCGCGUUCCCUGAUCUUCCCCCGCCCACUCGCCCAGGCAUGGGUCGACGCACCGAGUCGGUGUCGAGUGUUCAAUCAGUUCUUCUCCCAAGGAUAAAGCAGCAAAAUGGGCAGCAAAAGGAGAACAACAAGGCCAAAUCGAUCAAGCAAUCCAAGGCUGAUGAUCGCAAUGCACCGGCACUACGCGACUUGAUCAUGUCCAAGGAUGAGUCUUCGGCUGCAGCCCCCUGGCCGGCAUCAUAUCUGGAGGCUGCGCGCAAGGCUGCACCAGUCAAAGAGUCCAAGACACCACCCAAGAUGCCUGGAUCGCCAGCGCUGCCAGCAUCGCCAACACCGGCUGUUCCCCCCAUCCCAUCUGCUCCACCCAGUGUGAAGGCAACCUCGCCACCUACAUCACGCAAAUCAUCUGAUUCGACCCCCGGAGUGCGACCUGACAGUAUGAAUAGUGAGCCCGUUGCGAAGAUGUUGGUCCAGUGCUGCUACUGCAAGUGCUACCAUGACAUGCCAAGCAACUUGUACGCGGCCAUGAAUGACCCCGAAGCUAUGUUGAACUUGGAAGAGCAUAACGAAUUUGCUGGAUCCAUCUCCAUGUCCAUUAAGUGUCCAUGGUGCAAGCAUGACAUGAACACCAAGUGCUGCGCUGGCUAUGCAGCAAUACUCCACGUCCAGGAGAGAUUACAUUAA